UCAGCGUGGAGUGGGCAGUUGAACAGCUGCCUCCCACUUUCAGAAAUGCCAGCUCCCUGAAGCUGACAAACAGGCAGAUUGACAGGCCCGGCUCCCAGCUCCUCUUGGACAGCAGGAGGGUUCCUCCUGGAUGUUUCUCCCGAAGAUGCUCUUUAAGUGGCAUUUAUUCGAGCACAAGCAGGAGCUAAGAAAAGUCACUUGGCACCUCUCGUGUUCGAAAUUCAAGGAAACCUGUGGGGGAAUUGACUUUAAUAACUGUCUCCGUUAAUUAGACAAGGACUCGCCCCGAAAGAAUGGCCAGACUGAAGGCACCGUUCCUCAAAAUCGAAGAUGAGAGCAGGGAGUUUCGUCCUUUCCACCAUCAGUUUAAAUCCUUUCCUGAAAUUUCUUUUCUGGGACCCAAAGAUGCAAGUCCCUUUGAGGCCCUGACGAUCCCGGGCAGCUCGCGCCGCACCAGAGGACCCAAGGACCGAGAGCCACGCCCACGAUCAGCCACCCGCACCGCGCCCAGGAGGAAGAAAGGUUACUGCGAGUGCUGCCAGGAGGCCUUUCAGGAGCUCCAUGGGCAUCUCCAGAGUGCCCAGCACCAGGGCUUUGCCCGAGAAGCCCACCCGUAUGCAGAAGUCGAUCGGAUCAUCGCCCAGCUCAGCCACAGCUUUGCAGAGAUCCCCUUCCUCACCAGCCUCCCCAGGCAGCCAGGCUCCCCGGCUUCGGAUCGUGACCCUCUGUCUCCUGAGACGGUGCCUCCCAGCCAGCCCUCCAAUGGCGGGGCAGCAUCUCCCAGGAGGAGGAAGGAAGACGGCCCCCAGGCCCCCAGCAUCCAUGAACAGGAUGGGCUGCUGGGCGGCAGGAAGUCACCAGCUGAACGUGUGGGGGCUGGUGAGAUGCUCGGACCAGUAGCAAGCUGCCACGACCUGGAGGGCUCAGUUGAUGUUGUGGACCCCCCAGAGACAGUGCUGUCCAGAAGCCCUACUUGUCGCUGCCUCCUGACCAGCUCUGAGUUUGCGGACCUCUCCCCUGGCCCAGAACCGGCACGUGUCGGCCACAAGCGGAAGGUUCAGUUCCCCAGUGGCAAUGCCGAGAAGAGGCCGGGGGUCUCCUGGCCACAAGCCUCGCUCUCUGUCUCAAGAGCCCCCAGCCCCUGUGGCACCAGGACAGCUGAUGGCAGGCAUCCCUUCUCCCUUCCCCUUCCAGGCCCUGAGUCCAGGCCUCUGACCUCCCCCCUGCCCUUGUGCGACCCACAGACCAGCCUCUCCCUCCCAGACCCCUUGCCCUGGCAGCCCUCAGACAGGCCAGCAGAGCUCUGGCCCACACAGCCCCCCUGGCCCGGAGGAGGAUGUUCCCCAGGAUCUGAGGGUUCUGAGGGUGCAGCCCCUGGCCCCGGCUCUCAGCAGACUGACCAACUUCCCAGCUGCUCGGCAGCUCCGGGCCAGCUGUCAGCCCACCUGCACUCGGCUGCGGGCACGUAACCCCCAGGGGGGCCUGCAGACAGCCAGGCUACCUCCCCUCCCUCUGCCUGCCAGCGGAGGAGCCAGCCUCUCCCAGCCCCCUGCCUCCCUGUGUCCCAGCACCAGCAGCAAACUGCUCCUGUGAGUCUCCUGGGGGCACGCAGCUCUUCAUGUGGCCAGACAGCUCCCAACUUGAGGGCCAGGUGCCCAGAUAUAAGUUAUACCUCUGCUGAUGGCUGCUCACCCAGCCAGGGCAGCCCAGAUACAUGGAGGAGCAGCACACCAGGGCCUCCCUGAUGGAGCCAGAGGAGCCUGAAGCCUGGCCUUUGAAGUCCAAGUGAACAGCUGUUGUCAUGGCCAAGUGCAGGGUGGACACAUCGAGUCCUCCCACCACCCCAUCUUCAGGUAGAACCAAGAGAGUCAGCUUGAGGGCUGCCCUCUCUUACCCAGAUCUCCAGCCAUGAUCCUGACGGGGCAGUGACCUGUGAUGGGAUAGUCCGGCCAUAGCCAGCUGCCCACCUGCCAGGAGGCAGAGGCAAGGUUGGCACAGGAAGGGAUGACAAAGAAGCUGGAGCAGCAGGACCCUGGCCUGGCUUCCUGCCCCCCGCAGAGCCCAGGGUAGGUGUCCCCCCCCUCCUUUCUCACAAGCAUGUGGCUCUCUCCUGCUUUCCAAAAGCCUGUGUUUGUGUCCCCUCCCCCAGCACCCCACGCUGUGCACACAGAUCUCAGGAACAUCUGAAGCAGAGGAGGGGCUCGGCUGCUGCACUCACCGAGCUCCCUCCCUGCACUGAGUGGGCCCAGCACUGACCUUUCCCCUGAGCCCAAGAUAUGGCCAGAUGCCCCUCUGGGGACAGACCCCUCUGGGCUCUUCCCUGCCUCAGUCUGGGCUGCCCACCCCGGGGUUCUGCUCCAGGGUCAGUGGUUCACCUGCCAACGUCUCCAUCCCCUACUUUCCUCCCUCCCCAAGGACCUCCCCCCACUUCUUUUCAGCCGAGCCAUUAAUCUGGAAAUGGGGAUGAGCUUGCUAUCGAUUUUUUGGCCACAUUUUUUUUAUUACAUUUUGUACUGUGGUUCUUCUCACCCUUCUCUGCCUCUGUGUGCUUGUCUCUUUAAAUGUUGGAGCUACCAGAGCCUGGUGCUGUUCUGUUCUCAUUUUGGAGGAAGAAGUGGGGGCCUAGCUGCGGGUGAGGACCUGAGUUGUUAGUUUGGAAAUAGAGCAAGUGUGUGUGUACAACCCUCACAGAGGUCAUGUUUGGCCUUUUUAUGCCAUUCCUGUUAAAUUUCACAAUUAAUCUUGAUUCAGGAGCUGUAAAUAAAUUCGUUAAUAACA